AUGAUUAAAGUCAUUUAUAAAUGCUUGUGCCAAGCAAAGAGAAUUAUUCAUUGAACUGGCUUAAAACAUUAAACGUUUCAGGUCAUGUUUACCCCAUCCCCAAGUCAGCCUUUACUCUGCCCCUAACAGAUAACAAGGUUAUCCUCUGUAACUGCAAAAGCUAAUGAUACAGAACACAUCAUUUGAGUUGGAGGUGGGGGUAUUUCAUUGCUUUACAAGUCACAUGUAGUUGUCAGGUCAUGUAGUUGCACUUAAAGGCCUAGAUUCAAAAAACUGAGUAGUGGUGAUCUAGUGGUGACAAAAGUCCCCUGCUAUGUCGCCUCACGUCGUCAUGUCUCAGCCCAAAAUCUGCACAGGAACACACCAAUCAUAAGAAAGAUCAUAUUAACGCCUCUUUACUUAAUAUGGAAGUGUUUCCUUUUCCCUGAGAGAUAUUAUUUUUCUGAAUCCUUUUAUAUUUAAUUAUGUAACUGUUCUCAAUGCCUUGAUUGUCUUUAGGAGUGCUGUUGACUCUCUUAAGGCUAUUUAAAAGUCAUGCCCUCUGACAAGACUGAUCAAUUUUAAUCAGAUUUUAAAUUAGGAAUGUCAGCAGUUACACUUCAAAGGAAUCUUUGCAAUUGGGUUUUUUUUUAACAUGUUCUCUAAUAGAUAUUUAACUUUGGGUUUGAGAGGUAUACGCAGCAUAGAUGGUAGAUUGAAAAAGGCAGAUAUUGCACAUAUAGGCAUAUAGGUCAAUAUGCUAAUUAUCUAUGAUCUUGAACACAGUACAUUUUUGCACUUUACAGCAAUAACUACCCAUAAAAUUAGAUUUUCUAACAUUUUUAACAGACUGCGAUGAUUUUCUGAAGGCUGUUGUGACACAUAUAAAUAAAACCAGUUUAUUUUGACUAAGAGCAAAUCUGCUCCAUUAAAACAUUAAAAGGCUGCAUAUGGAGGUACCUUGAAUUAAUCCAGAUGAGAUGUUUAUAUAAAGCCAGAUCAUUUGGAAUUUAAAAUUUGGCCCUAUUAAUGGAGUAUUUGUCUUUGCUGUUAUGUAAACAGAGUCAUCAGACAGAGAGGAAGGGAAAGCUGUGUUCAGGGUGGGCUGACGACGGCCCCUGGCUCUGCAUUGCUGACGAAAGCUGCUUAGCUCCUCAGUUGCUAUGGCAACCGUGGAGAGCAGCCAGACAAAAACGAGGCAAAGGGGAGGGGCUUUCAAGGGAGAAAUAGAGGAGAAAGGGCUGGAUGGGAAAGAUAGACAGAGGGAGGGAUACAGACAUCCGAUAAAGAAACACAGUCAGAGCAACAGAGGUAAAGCAAGGCUACAGACGGAGACAGAGAUAAGGUCUGGAUAUAAAUGCUCACUCCACCAGCUGGGGAAUAAUAACUGCAGCAAGUGACUGGAGGAUACAGAGAUCGGGGAGGCAGAGAGAAGAUGGAUGUACAAACGGAGAACACGGACCCCCCGCCUUGUGAAUCCCAGUCGAGUGGAAAAAUCAGAAAAGGAUUCAAGCUGUUUGGCAAACGCAAGCCAGGUAAUAUCUUUUCUAUUCGAGGCAAAGGGGACGGAAACAACAAGUCACCUGUUAUCAGGAGCAAAACAAUUGAUGGAUUAUCUGAGACUGCUGCACCAGAUUCAGAGCAGGAGACAGAGAAGGAAAAGGCACAGGAGGUGGGUCAAGGAGAGAGGGAGCAGGCAGAGGAGGAGCCGCUUGGUGAAGAUGGCGUUCUGGCUGCUGCCCCUGCACGCGCCUCCAUUUCUUCAGCCAGCUCAGCCAAGUCCCUCAGCUUCCUGUCGUUGCUCAGGGGUGGCCGGAGAGGAGUGGGGGACCGCAGAGUCCACACCGUGUCCCAGCCAGUUGGUCGGCAACGUCGUGGGCUGAAAGGUCUCUUUGGCAAUGUUAAGUUCCGAUCGAAAGAUAAAGAGGAGAAGGAGGAAGCCCCUCCGAGCCCACUUCUCAUGUCGUCUCGCGCCAACAGUGUGGAAAUUAUCAAAGAGGACCUGCCUCUCACCCCCAAAUCCCAUCCUCGCUCUCUGGACAGCCCAGAGACUGAGAGCUAUGACCCCGACAAGAACUUAGCAACACAAGACAGUGCCACCACGUCCCCAUCAGAGACUCACCAGAUGAGGGCAGGCAAUGUGAGUAGAACUGAUGAGAGUGUGCCGCCUUUACCCACCUCUGAACCCCCCUUGGUACCCGGAGACACCAGCCUGAGCUGCUUGCUGGCAGAUAUCUCCUCGCUCCUGACCUUUGACUCGAUCACAGGAGGUGGAGACAUCAUGGCUGAUGUGGAGGCAGAGUGGGGGAAAGCCAGCAGUCCUGUCAGUGCUGUGGUCACGGAAAUCAUGCCUUCAUCUCCCGUCUCCAAACCCACCAUCUCAUCUCCGUCGACCUCAACUACUACGGCAAAACCCUCUACUGUAGCUGUCCCCACAACAGCCUCCACCACAUCCUCUUCUCCUCUGACAAGGACAACUGCAACCUCAUCUCCCAUUGCCAAGCCAAGCUCCAUCAUCACAACAUUGACCAAAUCUUCCACAUUGACUACUAACUCAGUCAAAUUGAGCUCUCAGUCUACACCAGCCUCUGAACCUUCUGCUAGCGACAAAAUUAAAUCGACUCCUACGCCUUCUUCAACAAAACCCUCAACUACACCUGUAACGUUAACAAGCUUUUUGGCUCCAGUAACGGCUUCCUCUUCAAUGACCAUUAAAUCCUCACUGAGCACCACCUCUUCUUCUACAACAGCUCCUCCUAACACCCCAGCCACUGUAAUCAAGGCUCCCUCAGCUAGUCCAACUCUUAGCAGUACAGCUAGCAAACUGGCUUCAGAAAUCGCAUCACCUCCUCAAACUGUUGCUCUAGUAAGUAAACCUAUCCCUGUAGCUACUCCAACUCCUGCAUCAACUAAACCUCCACCAGUAACCCAUAGCCCUCCCACAACUGCUGCUUUUACCCAGCUUCCACCUGCUAAACUGGAUUCAGCUAGUUUGAACCUGCAGACUUCCUACAAACCUGCUCUAAGUUCAGCUGCAGGUGAAUCUAAAGCCCAAGUAACACCCGGUGCUUUUACAACGAACCCCUCGGAUCCUCCACCCUAUAAGAUGACACCAGUAAACACAUUAACUAUGACCUCAGGCUCGGUAUCUGUGGCCCUCUCCAAACCAACACUUACCUCUAGUCCAAUGGACUUAAGUAAGCCCCCUACUUCUCUUGUAAGUGUUCCAGAUGUUUCUUCCUCUACCGCAUCAACUAGACCCCAACCCAGCUCUGCACCUGUCCCAACUCCAUCCUCAACUUCUAUAGAUAAGACUCCUCCCAUGACUAAACCCAGUCCUGCACCAGUCUCUAUAGAUAAGAUGCCCCCUGCUCCCAUACCGACCACAACCACUCAUGCUGUUAUUUCUGCAGCAUCUUCUGCACCUCCUGUUUUGGGUCAGAUGCCAGUCUCUGUACCUAAAGACCCACCCGCUCCUUCUCAAAUGCAACUUUCUCAAGCUAAAACUCCUCCUGCUCCUGUUCAGAUCCCAAUUUCUGUAUCUAAACCCCCUCCAGUUCCUGCCCAGAUACCAAUCUCUGUACCGAAAGAUCCACCUGCUUCUGUUCCCAUCUCAGUCCCUCAAACUAAAGCCCCUCCUGCUCAGAUCCCAUUUUCUGCACCUAAGGAUCCACCUGCUCCUGCUCAUAUUCAAGUUUCUCAAUCUAGAGCCCCUCCUGCUCCCGCCCAGAUCCCUGUUUCUGUAUCUAAAGACCCUCCUGCUCAGAUCCCAUUUUCUGUACCUAAAGAUCCACCUGCUCCUGCUCAGAUCCCAAUUUCUGCACCUAAGGAUCCACCUGCUCCUGCUCAUAUUCAAGUUUCUCAAUCUAGAGCCCCUCCUGCUCCCGCCCAGAUCCCUGUUUCUGUAUCUAAAGACCCUCCUGCUCAGAUCCCAAUUCCCCAAUCGAAAGCCCCUUCUGCACCAACUUCUGCCCCUUGCCCUGUCCCUUCUCCUUCCUCUCCUCCUGUACCUUUGCCAAGUGAGGCCCCAGCAUUUGCAAGUGGACAAACAUCAGUCGAUGGGCAACUGACUAGUCCAAGUAGCACAGGUGCCCAGGGGGCCCAGACUGUGCCAUCCAAAAGAGAAGAUCUGCAAAAUGAGUCACGAGCGAGCACUCAAGGUCCCUCUAAAGAAAGUAGGAUACCACAAGUAAAGGCAUCAGGACUUAGCAAAAUACCUGUAGUUGGAGGGGGCAGAGCAGGCAAGCUACCUGUCCGGGACAGUCAACAUGAUGAUGAAGCAAGCCGGGAGCCACCCACUCCUGUGCUAGAAGAUGAGCGGCCCCAUUUCAACUCACAUGACACGGGGAGCAAAGAUAAAAUCAGCAAUGUUGAUGCUAAUGUGCCCACCUCAAAACAUGCCCAGGAGGAGAGUCAGCAGCUUCCACAGCCGAAAGUCCUCACCAGUUUACCGCGUGACUCAAAGAUCCCUGUGAAGCAUGGCGCACAGUCUCACACUGGCUCCCAGAUCCCUCAAGCUAAAGAACCCUCUCGCACCAAGAUUCCCGUGUCCAAGGUUCCUGUCCGCAGAGUUGGUAAUAAACCUGCAGCUGCAGGCGGCAGCACCCCGAUAAGAAAAUAAAACAAUGGACUGAAUCAACCACCAAUACAGAUUAUGGCUUUGACUGCAACUUUUUCUCCAAUAUAACUACAUGACCACCCUUUUUUAAUUAACAUUUCUAUACUGUAAUUCUUGGCUUCACGACACCAUAAGCUACAGAAACAGAGUCAAGGAGGCUGACAGCACUCAAGCACAAACAUCUCCACAAGGAGUCGAAGCAACAAGCCCGGCUUUUUGGUGCUGAGCCUACUGGACAUGUACUCAGGAAAGGUUCGGGGUCACACCUGAACACACAGCAGCAUUGGUAACUAAGGAUAAGCGAGAUAAAUGGUCUUCUGAGAACACAGUCUCACACACACACACAAGACGGGCGAGUGCCUUUUGAAGGGUGCUUUUUCCAACAGACUCUCAGAAUUAAUCUUUUCUACAGUACUUUUAACUUUUGUUACUCCCAAUUUUUGUAGGAACCGUCAACUCUUUUUUGUCUUUCUUUCCAGCGAGUCUCUUUGAUAAUAACCAGUCCCUUUAUUUAUGUCUGGAGAAAAACAGCAGGAGCUCUAUAAAUUAAUGCAGCAACCAAAUUUACAUUCCACACCUAUCUCUGGAUGUAUGUAGCAGAAAACGUGCCAUUAAUUUUUUUGCACAAGAUGUUGAACUGUACAGCGCCUAUGUGUCCGCCUGCUCAUAUGUAACAUGAUCAGAUCUCACUGUGAACUAUGGGAAAGACUGGUUUUGAGGGAGCAGUGGAAAUAAUUGCUUCCAGUCUAACGGAUGGCAGCCAUUAUGAAUGGCACUGUGGACAUUUGAGCAAGACAGAGAGGAUGCUGAGAUGAGAUCUCUCGCACACUGGCACGUCCUUAUCCUUACCCACUUAUACUCAGAUGAGAACAAUAUCUGUGUAUAGUCUCAUCUAUGUUGUUCUGUUUCCUAUUUAAUCAAUAAACAAUAUAAGUACUUUGCAAGAUGAGAUCU